AUGGUUUUUUAUGUCAAGAUUAAGUACUCACUAAACCUAUUAGCACCUGAUUGUAUUGUAUCCCCUGAUCCUGCUUUACCCCUUGAUCCUGCUGUACUCCCUGAUCAUACUGUAUCCCCUGAACCUGCUGUACCACCUGAUCCUUCUGUACCCCCUGAUCCUGCUGUACCCCCUGAUCCUGCUGUAACCCCUGAUCAUGCUGUACUCACUGAUCCUCCUGUACCCCCUAAUCCUGCUGUACUCACUUAUCCUGCUGUACUCACUGAUCCUACUGUGCCCACUGAUCCUGCUGUACCCCCUGAGCCUGCUGUACCCACUGAUCCUGCUGUACUCACUUAUCCUGUUGUACUCACUGAUCCUGCUGUACCCACUGAUCCUUUUGUACACUUGAUCUUGCUGUACUCACUUAUCCUGCUGUACUCACUUAUCCUGCUGUACUCACUUAUCCCGCUGUACUCACUGAUCCUGCUGUACCCCUGA